AUGAUGGUUGGAUGGAUGAGCAGACUACCCAGAUCGACUUCCAAUCUUCGACUAGUACAAACGACUCAAAUUUCGAAAAGGAGCAUCCGCAUCUCUUUGCCUCUCAACAAGCUUGAGCUCUCGAAGACUGACAUCAGCCUUCCUCUUUUAGGGGAGUUUAGCAAAACAAUCCUUAUGUCCAAAAGGCAAAUCAUCAAGGCUCGGACCAUCCUGCUUCCAUCUAUCGACAUCCUUAGCAGGGGGCAGUCCACCAACUUCCUCCUGAUCAUCGCUCAGCAGCCGCCAGCGGCCACCGCCGCUCCAAUCGUCUUUGGCCGGCAGUCAUGA